AUCGAACCACCGAUCCUCUGAUUGAAGGACGACCCUGAGCACAACCGGACGCGUCUCCCACCAACCCCUCCCACCAUCAGCCAUCCGACCAAUCAUGGGCAAGCCUCUUAGCCGUCCCGGGUGUUUCAGGAAGAGCUCCUGCUGCCUUGAGAAACCUGGGGAUGGGGGAGUGGGAGGGCGAGCUGGGGGACUGGAAGGAGGAUACGGAGACGGCUACGUACCCCAACGAUCCAUCUACGAUACCAUGUGCAUCAAUCAACAGAUUGACAGCCAUCACCAUCACCCAGGAGGGUCCAUUAGGCGAGACCUUGGAGGUGAGGGGAGUUUUAGCUACUCUGCAAGCGGCUCCCUUAGGGUUAGCAGGUCUCCGGCUGACAUGUUCGAUCCACAGCCCCGCUCUCUAACUCCGAACCCCUCAUUUGUUCGACGACUGGAUGAAAGAGCCAUCUACGAUUCACUGAAGCUCGGUGCUCAGGAUGUCGAUGGUGGCAGCUGCCAUUCACCAGGAUGUUUCAACCGAUCAGUUUCUCCCUCCGUGUCAUCAUUCUCAGCACCUGGAGUGUCUUCCUCAACCAAGAAACAUCACCAUCACCAACACCCUCAUCACCAUGGAGACAGCAGAGAUGGCCGCCAUUCCUGGAAAGUCUUAACACCUCCGAAACACCUGGAGUGUCUGGAGCUUACUACAAACGAAAUGAUGGACAGGGGAGGAGGGUAUCUGAACCCUGGGCAAUACCCUCCCCCUGGGGGCCAGUCCUCCUCUCUUGCAUCCCCUCUCAUUUCCCCCUUCUCAGGCUCACCUCUCUCCUCGGGUUACCAUACUCCGGUAUUUUUCUCCCCUGCCAAACCUCGCCCUAGUCAGUCUCAGAGUUUGCGAUGUUCACCUCCCCACAUCACCCAGCCGAGGCAUUAUUCCCAAACCCAGAGCCUCAGACUGUCACCACCGCCGGAGAUUAGACGGUCCCCCUACCGUGCCCCCCUGGUCCAACUGUCUGCUCAUGACCUCGAGCAGGAAAUGAGGGAACGAGGGGGAGGAUGGGGCCGAAAUGAGCGGGAAAGGGAGUGGGAGAGGGAGAGAGAAAGAGAGAUGGAGCGAGGGUGGGCUCAGCGUGAGUGGGAAAGAGAGCGGGAGAGGGGGAGGCUGGAGAGAGAGAGGGCCAGAGAAAGGGAGAGGAGGGAAACAUCAACGUUUGGGACCUUUGGAUAUGGUCGACCAGUUCCACUGCGUUCAGACAGAGAUUCCGUGUUUUUAGAGUCCGACCAGGUUCUAGACACAACACCCCUGUUGCUCCCCCAGCCCUCCCCCUCACCCAAUGCUGCCCCCAGAAUGGGCACGGGAGCUGUGGGUAGGAAUAGACCCGGGUCUAAGGUUGGCCCCGAAAGUGUAGGUGGAGGUAUGGUUUCAAAGUUUGACAAUGGGAGUGUGGGUUUGGUGUUAGUUGACAGCAGAUCUGGGUGUGGGGCGAGGUUAAUAAGUGAAGUUGGAAUUGGAAACAUGUCAGAGACUGAAAUCCGGGCUGGAAUACAAGAACACCAUAGAGUUGAAAGUUGGAACAAAUAUGACAACGGGUCCAGGGCUAGCAUAAAAAAUGGGUCUGAAACAAGAAUGGGUUCCCAGGUGAAAACACGACCAGGGGGACGGGAUCUGGAAGGAAAAGUUCAGUCUGGGAUUGGGAUAGAAAAUAUGGCUCCAGCUGUGAACAAGGAGGGACACAGGGGAGGGACAAGGAGUGGAGAAAAAAAUGUAAGGGGUGUGGCUAAGGCAGAACCUUUUGCUGAGACUAUACCUUCAACUGUGACUGACAAUGAGAACAGGAUUGAGCCAGCAGAUACAGUUGAGAUUGGAGAUGAACCCGGUCCGGGAAUGAAGCCAGAGAUAGAGGCAGGGGUUGAGGCCAAAGCCAGUUCAAAGCAGGAGGAGAAUAGGACUGGAACAGACACUGGAGGGGAAGCUACCAUUAACAAUGAGGUUGGUUCAGGAGCAGAGUCCAGAGUGGAAGCUCAAGUUGAUACAGAAGUUAAGCUUGCUCCUACAGCUGAUCCUGAGGAAGUAUUUGAGGCUCUUGUCAGUAAGGAAACAGAAACUAAAAGUAACACUGAGACUGGGUUUGUCAAUGAAACUCAGAACAGCAACAAGACUACAGAUAAAGCCCAGAUGAGUACUGUGGCUGGGGAAAAAACGGAUACUGUCCCUGCAGAUCAGGUUGAGAAAAAGCUUUUAGACGUUACAAUUGAAUCAAGCCAUGUAGAGAGAGGUUCCAGGUCCCACAAGUCCAAAUCAUCCAAGUCCAGCUCACGGUCUCGACCUGGCACAGCCACAGGACUCCGACCAGGCGUGGUCAGCCCUCGACUAAGUAGAGGGUUUGCAGACCUUGAGUCAACAGGCCCACCGGAGGGCAUUGAGUCUACCUGGCCUCGCCGAAUCAUGGUCAGAAAGAGGACUGUUCGGCAGGGUGGGGCACUCCAUAACUUGCCUAUUCUCCCCCCACUCCCUUCUGUCCUCUCAGCAUUGGAGAAGAGGCGCCCUCAUGCCCACCUCCUCCCCCGACCAGGCCACUUUUCAGAGAACCCGCUAUCAACCAUUAUGAAUGCUUCAAGUAUGGUAGGCCGAUGCUCACUUAAAGAGCCCUCCCAUCCGGAAUUAGGACCAGGGGCCAGUGGGGUGGGCAGGGCUUCUCUAAAGGAGCAGAACUUGGAGCACUGGAGGGUCUGCAGAGAACAGGAGGAAUCCAUGAUAUCCAGGAGCAAGGAGAAACAAAGGGAGCAGAGCAAGAAGAAGACUGAGGUGGAAGAGAGGACAGGGAAGGAAGAGAAGCAAGACAAGGCCAGGAGAGAAGAGAAAGCGAAAAGGGAAGAGAAAGUGGAUAAGGAGAAAGUUGGGGUUACUGUGAGUGAGGGGCUGGAGGAGGAAACCAAACGAGAAAAGUCAGAGAGAAGGGUUGAAGUGAAGGUGCAAGAGUAUGGAAACAAAAAGGAAGAUGUGAAAAAGGCAAGGGAUGUAGAAAUUAUCGGGGUGAAAGUGGAGGUUAGAGGAAUGAAGACUAAGGAUGGAAUACAAGAGCGGCAGGUACAAGAGUUGGAGAAGGCUAAAUCAAAGAAAGAAGAAAGCCAAGUGGAGGAGGAAGAAGGAGGCACAUUUGGAGAGGAAGGGAUAGAGGGUUGGGACACUGUCCUUGACAUGGUCAAUACUUUGUGGGAGGAUGGCUGGGAGAAAGGGGGAGAGGUUGGAGUUGGUGAUACAGAUUCUUUCUCGGGCUCCCUGCAACGUUGGCCUCUUCUCCGGCCCCCGAUUGGCUUUGGGGGCUCCCACCCCCCUUCCUCGGCAGCCUCGGAGCUCAGCCUGACAGAGUUGGAAAGGAGAGCCAGGGAGCUGGACUCUGACCUGGAGCACCUAGACCUGUCUAAGCCCCACAGGCACACCCAGGAUGUCUACCAAACACUGCUGGAGCCACAGAGAGCUGACAUGUACCAAACACACCCUGGGCCACAGAGGGAGAAAGCUGCUGUCUCCACAGGAGUGGUGAGCAGAUCCCAGGUCAGUUUGGAGCUCAGUGCUAUGGCCUCACCAGCAAUAGACACAGACAGACCUCCUGUGGACUGGUCAACCACAUCUGCAGGAACUUCCACUGUUGGCACAAGCUCCACUAAGGAGGACAGCUCUCCAGACUCCAACCUCACGCUGGAGUCCGACUCCAGUGGCGUCUUCCUCUCCUUAUCCAACCAGAGCCAGGAGGAGGCCGGCUCUGACAGUGACCAGCCGAUUAGCGGCUCUGACUUGGGCAGCAGCAGCACGUCGCUGGAGAAAGACGGGGACGAGGGCGGCGGGUUGAAGGAGUGGGGGAGGGAGGAGAGUGCAGAGCUACAGUGGUGCUACCCGUCCCUUCUCAACACCUCCGCGCAUGAGGACGACCCAACUUGA